UAGCUCAGUUUCGCAUAAUGGUCCUUUGGAAGAAUCUCUUCUCGGAAAUGGAUGCUGUUGUUCCAACUCCUAGGACUGCCACAGCUGUUCUGGCCAUCCUCUUCUUACUUCUCCAACUUUGUGAUGCCAACUUUGUAUACACAGAGAGAGGCUCUUCCCUAGAGUUGCCCUGUCCAUGUCCAUCUUGUUCUGGGAGUAAAGAAAUAUCGUGGUAUUGUGUCCAGCAACACCAAACAGUUUUACUCUUCCGCAAAUUCUCCAACAACCGUAUACAACGUUUUCCAGUUGCCUGGAGCUGGCUCGAGAUGCUUCAGAAUAACUCGCUUCAAUUUCGCCAUGUGAAGGAUAAUGACACGGGUCGUUACUGGUGUGACAUGAAGCAUUUUUAUGAUCUCGUGGUGGUGAGAAGCAGUCAGCAAAGGUUGGAGUCCUACCAGGCUGAUAGCAUGUGCUACAUCUUGAGCUGUUUAUUCCCAUCCAAGGAAUUCUACAGGGAAGUGAUAACCUGGUGGGAAGGUGGAAAACAAAUCCUGGAUGCUGAUCAGAUAGGAAGACCCAGCAUAUUUAAAGGGAAAAGGGCCUCUCAACUCCACAUUUGUGUGAAAAAGAAGACUUUGGAGAAAACCAUGAAGAAGCACGUCCAAUGUCGCUUUGCUCAGAAGACCGAAAUCACGUUCAAGUUGAUGGAUAAUCAUCAUGAUCGCUGUGCUUGUAGCACCUUGAUGCCUUCUUUUCAGGAUAUCGGGACAGUGAAAAAUGAUUUAUCGUCUCAAUGCUCAAAAGUCAACAUAAAUGGAGUACCGUGGAUUCCACUGGCAGUUUGCAUUAUAUUGCAAUUUUUGAUCAUUCUUACUCUGGUGGUAUUGUGGAGGAGGAGUUGUAGCCAGAAGUAUACAGACCAUCUGAAGAAGCCCCAGAAAGAUAUCCCCCUAUCUGAAUACACACCAGAGAUCUACGAGAAUAUUUAACCAGGAGCACCACUGUGACAAAGGAAAUAUUUUGGUUCUCAGUGAGUCAAACAACCUUGGACCAAACCCAGCAACUCUUGAGCAAUGUUAUGGUUCUAACAUU